GGUCAUUCAACCAGGUUUCAUCAGCCCCAGCAGGGUUACUGCUACUGAGCACCGAAUUCUUAAAGGGAAGAAAAGCGUAACAUGUUGCUGUAUUUAAAUAGCCUUUGCUCCUAAAGGAGCCCGAGACCGGCUUGCGAGGCACGCGCGUGCACGUAUAUGACUGUGCCGUUUUUUCUAAAUCGACGAUUCGCGAGGACCCUCCUUUGUGUUUAAGUAGAAGCACGAAAUCAGCAUUCCGAUUUAUCGUAAAGAAGCGUCCCAAAUUGUCUUUGAGAUAACAUGAGUUUUUCGUGUUCAUUCAUAAAGUAUUUGGGUGUCAGCAUAGAUGAAAUGGCGAUUGGUUAUCUCUUCCUCUUGCCAGCCCCUUAAGGAUCCGAGGUGAAAUUAGUAGCAAGAAAGCAUGUAAUUGACAAAGUCACGUGUGCUCAGGGGGCCAGAAACUGGAGAGAGAAGAGAAAAAAAUCAAAAGAGGGAAAGCACAUUAGACCAUGCGAGCUAAAUUUGUGAUCGCCCAAAAUCAAGAUGUGAGAUUGAUGCAGAAGAUCACUCCGUUCCAAAGGGAAAGUUUUCAUCUCACGAGUUUGGAGCAGAGGGCCCGUGGGGCAACAUGGCCGAAGGAGGGGCAAGCAAAGGUGGUGGAGAAGAGUCCGGGAAGCUGCCGGAGCAGGCAGAGGAGGAAUCCCAGAUUUUGCACGGAACUGGCCACUGUAAGUGGUUCAAUGUGCGAAUGGGAUUUGGAUUCAUCUCCAUGAUAAAUCGAGAGGGAAGCCCCUUGGAUAUUCCAGUCGAUGUAUUUGUACACCAAAGCAAAUUAUUCAUGGAAGGAUUUAGAAGCCUAAAAGAAGGAGAACCAGUGGAAUUCACAUUUAAAAAAUCUUCCAAAGGCCUUGAAUCAAUACGGGUAACAGGACCUGGUGGGAGUCCCUGUUUAGGAAGCGAAAGAAGACCCAAAGGGAAGACACUACAAAAAAGAAAACCAAAGGGAGAUAGAUGCUACAACUGCGGCGGCCUUGAUCAUCAUGCUAAGGAAUGUAGUCUACCUCCUCAGCCAAAGAAGUGCCAUUACUGUCAGAGCAUCACGCACAUGGUGGCCAACUGCCCACACAAGACUGUUGCGCAGCCGCCCGCCAGUUCUCAGGGAAGGCAGGAGGGGGAGUCUCCGCCGUGCACGUCCGUGGGCCUGAGAGAGGCGUGGGCAGGGCAGGGCUGCCCGUCUCAGCCGUUUCCUCAGGAGGCGAGGUCCGAGAUCUCAGAGAUCUCAGAGUGGCCGGGCAGGUCGUCUCUAGAAGCUUCCUCCGCGAAGUCAGCUGCAGCGCCAGAAGAACAAAACAAAAAGGGGCCUUCCGUUCAAAAAAGGAAAAAGACAUAACCCUUCUUAAUGUAUUGUCUUUCCCCAGUUGGGAAGUCUACCUCAUGCAAGUACAGGGGAACAGUAUUUCACAAACAGCAGCGGACCUGGGAUUUUAACUACUGUUGAAGAACUGUGAAUGUUUUUUAAACAGACAAAUCACUCUUAAGCAAAACACAUUGGAGCAGGGUGUCAUGUUUUAUGUUAUUCAGUGAGUAAGAUACUAUGUAUAUCUAUUUGUGCAUGUGUGAGAGGGAGAGAGCUCUGUGUGUAUGUGAGUGUGUGAGUGUGUGUGUGUGUGUAGAACUUGAUAUAGGAAUGUAGACAUAUAUAUAAAGAGGAUUUGUCUUUAUAUAUGUGUGUAUAUAGAUACAAGCACACACUCUCCCUCAGAGAAUUGGACAUCCUCAAGAAUUAAAAACCCAUAGGAAGCGUUUUAGAUGAUUUUUGAACAUACCACUGGAGUUUUUUCUUGAAAUGCCACUCUCUUUAUAUCACAUAACAAUAAAACAUGACUGUUAACCUUUUGUGUGAACCAAAGGAACACAGCGGAUCUCAGAGCUGCCAAUCAUAUGGUACUAAAGGUUCUCCCGAGUUUGGGAUUGUCUGUUUUUCUUGAUAUCUGUAAAGCGUGUCCCCUACUCCUGCUACCCCUGUUUGAACACAGUACCUUAACUCCAUAUGCCUCUGACUGCCAUAAGCUUUUUUGAAUCUGGGAUAAUAACUCCAGAAAAGACAAUGAAUGUGUAAUUUCUGUGCCGAUAUUUUGAUGUUUUUAAUUCAUAUGUUUUGAUUGUAAAUUAGAUGCCUAUUAAGAGAAAUGAAGGGGAGGGCAAUGUAUAAAUGUCAUGACUUGAUUUUCUUCAGUGGUAUUUUGAUACCAGCGCAUUAUAAUCUUUUAUAUGUUGUGAGGUUUUUAAGGGGUUAUGGCAACAACAGCUUCUCUUGACUAAGUCAAUCUUCCUGACCAUGGCUUUGAGCAGGGGGCCCACCUUUUUUUACUACUGAAGACCUUGGAGGAAAACUCCAGUUGUUUGGUGUACAUUUUUGGUGGCUGUUUUCACCCCCCUGGAGAGUUAUCUAACUCGUUUCUAAAACAAACAAAACAUCCAAAUAUGAAUAAAAUAUCUCAGUUGAGAAUAAAAAUUAGUUGGAUGCACACAACUGCCCAACUUUUAUAGGACUUUGAAUGAUAUUAAAAAGGACAGAUUGGUGUCAGGUAACCAGAGUAGUAUACCUGGGGCAGAGGUGCCAAAACCUCUCCUGCCAGAGAGCUGGAAGUAUUUUAGACAUUAAAAUUGGUUUAUUGAAAGUUAAUUUAUUACUCAUGUUGAAGUAACCUGUGUGAUGGAUUCAGGAUGAACCUUCAGUAAUGGGGAUAGAGAUUCUCAGUGAAUAAACUGGGUAGACCAAUCCAAGUGUUGGUCCCUUUUAAGUUUCAGUCAUGAGAAACAAAUUCACUUUGGUGUCAUCCUGCUUCCAGAGGUUUUGAGUAAAUUUCUGAAACACCUAAAAGAUAUCGAUUAAUUAUAAUGCUUGACAUCCGCAAUGCAUGCAGUUUUGUGUGAGAGUGUUGGCAUAAGCUCAGAUAAUCAAACAAGAAAGAGAAUAGCAUGACUUGAAUGAGACAUACCCUGCUGAACUUAUAUUUCUGCUCCCUCCCCCACUUGCCCUGCCCUGGGAGACUCAGUGGCUGCUGUCUCAGCAAGUCACCCUGCAGGAGAAAAUGCCUCCGGCUGGGCCACCAGUCCUAUACAACUCAGCUUGAAUUUACUAACAGUGUUGGUGAGAAUCUCCACGGUGUACACUGAAAUGGCAGUGUGCUGUGAUGCAAAGCUUACCUUUGACGAUAUUGAAUGUGAAAUAGCUGUAGAGAAGUACUUCCUUGCCUUCUGUGAGGAUUGUAAGCUUAUUUAAAUUAUGUAGACAAAUCAAAGUGGCAUUGCUUAAUUUUUAGCAGGUAUGAUAAGCAGGUUAACAGUAAAAAUGCAAGACAUGAUAAGUCACUUUGAAUAUUCAAACCAAAGUUCCUUGACUUUCUAGAAAUAGAAAAUUAUGGACUUGUGAAUUGGACAGUCCCUGUUUACGCAUAAAAACGUUUAGAGCUGAGAUCAUGGUUUUAAAAAUACAAACAAACAUUGUUAUUACUGUGGACCUUAUGGGUGCAGUUAGAAUCAUUGUAAGCAUCUUACCAGACUGAACUAAGAGCACAUACCAAAUCUAUCAUACGAUUAAAAGUUGGUGUUUAUUUUUUAUAUAAGAAUAGUAUCACUAUUACAUAACAUACUCAGGACAAAGAACUUUGCUCAGGGAACAUACCAUAUAAUGUUGUUGUUUCUUUACAGAGUAGUCUACAGUCUUGCUUACUCAAAUCAAGCCAAAUAACUUAGACCUUUAUAUAAGUAUUAUGUACUGAUAUUAGUAACUACCUCUCAGUUUAACAUAAAUCAAAAUUUCCAGAUAUCAAGUAUCAGUUCUCCUAUUUUUCUUUCAUGUGAAAAGUACUCUUAAAGCAGAAUUCCUGACCUCCUUGCAUAUGUGAAUAUCACUGAUGUGAGCACAGCGUCCAUUUACAUGGGUGAAAUAAUACUCUGUUUACAACAAAAGGCUACCUCAUAGUUGAUGCAUAGCACACCUUACUGCUGCUUCUUCAGCCUUACAGUGGCUGAUAAUUCUCUGGUACAGAACCUUUUUAUCUAGAUUAUAGAUAGCAAUUCACAACUGCAUGUUUCUGACAAAUACUUUUGAAUAAGGAAGCGUCUCAUUUAGUUAGCAGAGUCUCCAAGCAACUCCUUAAAGUUAUCAUGUAUUUAGUUUAAAGACUUGUGGGCAUUCUUCCAAAACAGCAAUCUUGGAAAUCGCUGCUUUGCCCAGAGGUUGGGGGUAGGAAGGGGUAGCAGGAGGAGAGGUUGGUGUAUGAGUACAUUCAUGCUGGGCAAAAGAUGCCAGUCUCCUUCGUUGUGUGUGUGCUGCCCAAAAGCCAGGCAUAUUGCAGCUUGUCCUAGGCACAUAAUUCACUAGCACUGGCUAGCCAAGGAGUGAACACUGAGCGGACAGUGCAAUGCCAUUUCUAGCUACUGAGGGAAAGGGCCUGUGUGAAGCAUCAGUUUACAGGGGUUACUAAUGGGUUGGGCAGGAGGUCUAUGAAUUAGAUACCCCUUGACCUCAUCCCCAUGUCAACACAAGUGUAAUUCCUAAGAAAGAUGCACUACCAGUCUCUCAGCCCUGUAAGCUCUUCAUUGCUACAUGGCAGAUUAUAGUAGAAACAUUUUUAUACUUGCAUUUCCAGCCUAUACUAGAAGACUUUGGAUGUAUUUUUACAAUGGAAAAAUUUAGGAAGAUUUUUACCUGCUUAUAACUUGGAAGUUCGGCGUGCAAUGUAGGGGAAAAGAUCGAGAAAUGUCAUGUUAUUAGCGUCUGUCCAUCUACAAAUAUAAGAUGUUUUUAUUGCCAAUAUAUAUAUUUUUUACAUUCUGGCCUAGUUUUAUUUUGCACCCGUGUGGCCCCAAGUUACUGCUAGUUGUAUUUAGUUUGUGAAUAGAAGCCCAUGAGUGUUAAUAGACUUUGUAACGUUCACUGUAAGAUGAAUUAUACAGGACAUGGGAAAUCUCAUUAAGUCUUAAAGUUAAUUUAAAUUAAUUUAUCUGUUUUCUCUAAGAAAUGUUUAUCAUAAAAUAUAUGUUUGUAUUUCCCCUUUGGUUAUAAAAUUUGGGAAAGUAUGUACAAGUGCAGCUGCACUGACUUUAAUUUUCUAGAUGUCUUAAUGAGAUUGAUUUGUUUUAGAGAGGAGGAACAACUUGUUAAGAGCAUCCCACUCUGUCUUAACAUAGCAGUCAACAGCCUCUUUAAGAUGUGGUGGUUGUGUGAUCUGUGUCUUAGUUGUUCAGUUACAGAGGUUGACCUGAGACUCACUUUUCAAAACUGCAAAGUUAGAGUAAAGUACUAUGAGAAACUAUUAUGCUAUUUAAUACAUCUGUGGCUUAAUGCUUAGGAGAGUUACCAGCUUGAACAUGAUGGUGUUGACUACCUCUUGAAUCACUCACAUCUAUUAACCACUGACACCCACCACAAAGCUGGUUUUACUUAUUAGUCUUUUGCUUUUUUGGUAUUAUCAGCUGUAACCAUACUAGAGACCAAAGUGAACACUGAUUUCUAUGUCUUUAAUAUGGUGUUUUGCCUAGCGUUUUUAAAUUAUCCUGUGUAGUAUUUAGAUUACCUCAUUGUCCAUUUUGACUCAUGUUGUUUACAAGUGAAAAUUGAAACACUUGAACUGUAUCUUUUUAAAGAAGUAGAUGUUUGGAAUGUCAUUUUACUCAUGUACAGUCAUCUUGAUGGACUAAAAUACUGUUUGCCUUUCUGCAGACUAUGGAUUUUAUAUUCUCAUUUCAUCCCUAAUAUCUUAUUCUGUCAAUUAUGGAUAUUUUGAGGUUUAAAAUAUUACUUGAUUAAAAAUAAAACAUAUA